AUGCACACAACCCUAUUUCCCAUCCAAGAAGCUGCUAACUCCGAAUGCAGCUUGGCUCCUACCUCAACCGUCUCUAUAGCAAACCCAUUGGUUGCUGCUUAUGCGGUCUCUGAAUCCCAAUACAGGGACGAACUACAGAUCCUGUCUUCAAUUGUGCGAUCCUUUGAUCCUGUUUAUGAUAACUACUACGAUGACUCGCUGGAUGACGUUACCAAUGAAAUGGUGGCCGUACGCAAACAGAGAAACAACCAAUUUUUACACAUUGUCACAAGCUUGAGAGAGAAACAUAUUGAGCUCUCCCGUAUUUUCUCAUACACUAUGGAAGAGUUACUCGUGGGGUUUGCCAAAUGGGCGUUGGACAUCAACACCUUCUAUGAAUCGUAUUUGGAGUACUACAAACUAGACCUGAACCAAUGCAAGUCGGAAAUUAAGAUAAGGAGAAGACCUUUAGUGAGAAUAAAACAUUUGCUCAACUUCACCACUUCUUUGAAGUUGCUUGUUGCUCAAUCAACGCCUCAACAUUAUACACCAGAACUGAUUUCGGAUUUAGAGAUUAUAACUUACAAGUUAUCAAAAACUUUACAAGAAUCUAACAAUUUAGAUGCAAAUGAACGUGAGAAAUGCGAACUUCAUGUCAACAUAAUUCAUGCUAAAGAUAUAGUCCAGUUGAAGCCAAUAUGUGUGGACGUAUCUUCUUCGAUAUUUUCUGGUGCCGCUAUCAUAGCAGACGUCCACUACGUGAAUAACCUCGAACAGACGUCUCUUAGCUUUAUGAACAUGGAAGUUUACAUUGCAAGUGAGAAAUUCUGUAUGGUUGAAAGGGAUACUCUAGGUAAGAGUUUACUGUUUGCCCCAUUGAGAAGAAACGAAUUCACCUUGAUCGAUAAGGAUAAACUACUCUUUCAUCAUACCAUCCAUUCGGAUAUCCAACUUUGCUUCUCUAUAAGGGGAGACCCAUCACUGGCUGAUAUACUAAUCGACUACUUCCCCUCUAAGACUGACAGUUAUCAAUAUUCUACCCCUUCAUUUGGACUUGGGUUCCAGGAUGCAGAAAUCAAGACGCCUCAGUCACAGUCACCAGCACAUUCAAGGACUUCGUCAGUGGAAUCCACUGAACCAUUAGAACUCAACACUUCCAAUAUACCACUCUACAAACUCAAGUUUGCGAGCUCUUCAACCGCUAUAGCUACAUCGCUACAUCCUGUACAAUACAUACAAGAUCGCCCGCAGAUGGACAGAGAAACAGAACUUUCAAAAUCGUUCCUGACAUCCAUUGCCAAUGAUGAAGAUUCGGACGACGAAGACAAUGAUGCCGAAUCAAUUAUAUCCGAUACUACGGAGCCUGUUUUAGAAAUGCCGGUUACCAAGAAGAUUGAUUUUUCCAAAUACAAACCCUCCGCUGUUACAAAGGAGCAAAAGAUAAAGAAGAAAAACAUUUUCAGCUCGUUCUCUAGUUUGUUCAAGAAACAAAAACAAGAACCUAAUCUAUCGAAAACAGCACAUCCUCAAAUAGUACGUAAAUCUUCAAUACCUGACUUUUUAUCGAAUCCCCAAACAAGAGAAUUACCCAAUGCGAAUGUCGGUGUGUGGAAUUCAAUGUCGUGGACAAAACCUGAGGAUGUAAGGAUACGUUUGCAUGAGCAAGAUGAAUCACACUAUCUAGAGGUUAAAAUGAGGUCUCCAUUGCUUUUACAACUAAAUGAGUUUACAAAAUGUGCGGUACAUGCAAUAGAUAUCCAUUUAACCUCGAAGGAUCAUGAUGGCUGGAAACAUACAAUCUUAAUCAGACCAUCAAAUAGAAGAGAUUUGGAUUUACUUUCAAAGGUAAUAUCUCAUCCAGAAAUAGGCAUUGUUGAAUCUUUUUCUGUGGAAUCUGAGUUGAGUAAAAUAACAAGAAUUUCAAAUACAGAAUCUGAUAAAACUGGAAAUUCGGAUAUUACACAAAAUGAAACCAAGGAAAUGUCAUGGACUGGUGUCGGUAACUUAAAUCAGAUAAGAAACGGUAAACUGAUUGAUUUAAAUCGUUGCGUUAUGACCAUCACCAACCGUUCCGGAGAAAUCGAUCUCGAUUUUACUGGGUUUGAAUUUGGGGCUAUUGAUUUGAAAACACAAGCUGCAAAAUUCAAUAAACUCAGUGAACUCGAGAUUUCAGUUGAUGACUAUAUUGUCACCUUUGAUGAUCUAAAAGACCUCCAACAAUUCAAUGAAUGUGUUUUUGUUUUAGGAUAA